AUGUCGGCUAUUAAGAACCUCUCAAAACUAUUCAAAAAAAAUCCCGAGAGAUCCUUCACCAACAAACUUUAUAACCUAUGCAACAAAGAUUGUACAGAUCUAAUACCUCUCCACAUCUUAAACGAUGCGGAGACCUGUAGAUUAUUAUUAGCCGGCAUCAGAAAACAAAAAGUAGACGAUCCCAUUUUGUACAUACAUUGGGAUGAAACCUCGUUUAACCAACCAAACGGGAGUCGGGAUAAUGAUCCGACUCACAAUCUACAAACAUUGAUCGACAGUAUUAAAGAUGCCGAAGGGGAUGAUGUCGAAAACAAACAUGUUAUGUUUGCUUUCAACACUGGCACAGAACUUGCCAAAUGUGUACGUCAAUUACCACAAUGGGCUCGGCGACAAGCCGGCACACCAGAUGUAGCCCACUCAGUGAUCCGGUUGAAUAAACUAUCAAGUAAUGGUAACUAUGAAAUAGAGCCUUGCGAUCACGCUUUCAAUUAG